UGUUUCCAAGUUAUGAUGAUUGAAAGUAAUGAAUGUAAGAACACAUAAUUUGCAGUUUUACUGUUUUAGUAUUUGGUUCAUGGUCAUGCUCUUGCAGUAAAAUUCGGAAGAGACCUUUUCUCUUUAGCUAAAUUUAGCUUGUUACCACCGAAACUUCCUUUUCAAUUUUUAAGUGAUGUAACAAAAUCUUAUUGAAAAACAAAAACAAAACAAAAGUAGUAUCAAUCUCUUCCUCCUCUCUUCCCAUUUAGCCAUGGGAAACAGUUCAAGCUCCAACACCAAUCUGAGCAACCCUAAGAACAGACUUCUUGAAGAUCAUCACCACCCAAGAAACCAGACACAAAACCACAACAUCAGCAACGCUUCUCGGACAUCUCAUCUAAGCUUCCUCAGAUCUCCUCUGCCAUGGCUCUUCAUUUUCCUCUUCUUCCUCCCUUUGCUUCUCAUCUCCACCACGGGAGGAGGGGGCGGACGCAAAACCUGCCGUCCCUCUUCAUCUACCUAUAGCCAUCUGUCCCUUGUCGACCAAACAAACACUUCCUCUGUUGUUCCGGAGGAAGUAGAAGACGAUGAUGUGCCUCCACGUGUCCCCGCUCUUUACCCGCAACGACCGAGGAUGUUCAACACCACGCUUGAUCACAUCGUUUUUGGGAUCGCAGCGUCUUCAGUUCUGUGGGAGACGAGAAAAGAGUACAUCAAAUCAUGGUGGCGACCUGGUAAGACUCGUGGCGUUGUCUGGAUUGACAAGAGAGUCCGAACUUAUCGUAACGAACCACUUCCCGAAAUCAGAAUCUCCGAAGACACCUCACGCUUCAGGUAUACGCAUCCAGUUGGGGACAGAUCGGCGGUGAGGUUAACUCGAGUAGUGACGGAGACGCUACGGCUAGGGAAAGAAGGUGUACGGUGGUUCGUGAUGGGAGACGACGACACAGUGUUUUUGGUGGACAAUGUGGUCAACGUCCUCUCAAAGUACGACCAUACUCAGUUCUACUAUGUUGGUAGCUCCUCGGAGGCUCAUGUUCAGAACAUCUUCUUCUCUUACUCAAUGGCGUUUGGAGGUGGUGGUUUCGCCAUUAGCUACGCUCUAGCCCUCGAGCUCUCGAGGAUGCAGGACCGUUGCAUCCAACGGUACCCUGGUCUCUACGGCAGCGAUGAUCGCAUCCAAGCUUGUAUGACCGAACUUGGAGUACCCCUUACCAAAGAACCUGGCUUUCACCAGUACGAUGUAUAUGGGGACUUAUUGGGGCUAUUAGGAGCACAUCCGGUGGCUCCUCUGGUGUCGCUGCACCACAUUGAUGUUGUGCAGCCAAUAUUCCCGAAGAUGAAGCGAGCACAUGCGCUUCGACACUUGAUGUCGUCAGCAGUUCUUGACCCAGCCAGCAUAUUCCAGCAGUCCAUCUGCUACGACCAGAACCGGUUCUGGUCCAUCUCGGUCUCCUGGGGAUUCGUAGUCCAGAUAAUCAGAGGCAUCAUAUCCCCUCGCGAGCUCGAGAUGCCUUCGAGAACAUUCCUCAACUGGUUCCGCAAAGCUGACUACAUUGGUUACGCAUUUAACACGAGACCCGUAUCGAGGCAUCCGUGCCAGAGACCAUUCGUGUUUUACUUAAACUCGGCUAAGUAUGACGAAGGGCGUCGCCAAGUGAUUGGAUACUACAACUUGGACAAGACAAGACGUAUUCCCGGCUGCCGAUGGAGGCUCGAUUCACCUGGAAAGAUUGACUCUGUCGUCGUUCUCAAGCGACCUGAUCACCUCAGGUGGCACAAGUCACCGAGGAGGGAUUGUUGCAGAGUAUUGCCGAGUCGGGGAAACAAAACGAUGUAUAUUUGGGUUGGAAAUUGCGCAGAUGGAGAGAUCAGUGAGCUCGAACAUCCUCAGCAGUAGUAACGUUCAAAGAUAUAUAUACUCACUAAAGAUUUCUUCAUAAAGAUUUUUGGAAACGUUCUGUAUUCGUUGACAACAAUUUUCAAUCCUAAAUGCAAAAACUAUUGUUUCAAUCUUUACAAUCUGAACUCCAAAACCAAAAAAGACUAAUUCCUAAAAAA